AGAUCAGGGAAGGGGAAAGGGCAGAUCCGUAGCAAAACAUGUGAACCACACCAGUCACUGCGGGCUCCCAGAGUUGUGUGGUGCUCCUGGAUUUCUCUUUUUCGUCAGUUUUUUUAAAAAUAACCUUUCAAUAUGUCCGACGAAGAAGAAGUUUACUCUGAAGAAGAGGAGGAGGAAGAAGAGGAAGUCGUUGAAACGACCACAACUACAACCACCAAAGUCGAGGCAGAGAAAGAAGGUGAUCCAGAAUUCAUCAAGCGCCAGGACCAGAAGAGAUCAGACUUAGACGAGCAGCUCCGUGAGUAUAUCUCAGAAUGGAGGAAACAGCGUGCAAAGGAAGAGGACGACCUCAAAAAACUCAAGGAGAAACAAGCCAAACGCAAGAUCAGCCGGGCUGAAGAAGAAAGAAAAAUGGCCGAACGCAAAAGGCAAGAAGAAGAACGUCGUGUUAGGGAAAUCGAGGAGAAGAAACAAAGGGAUAUUGAGGAGAAGAGGAGGCGUUUGGAGGAUGCUGAGAAGAAGCGCCAGGCAAUGAUGCAAUCCCUCAAGGAUCAGAACAAAAACAAGGGACCUAACUUCACCAUCACCAAAAGGGAUGCCACAUCAAACCUUUCUGCUGCCCAAAUCGAAAGGAACAAAACCAAAGAACAGUUGGAAGAAGAAAAGAAAAUCUCUCUUUCCAUCCGUAUCAAACCUUUGAUAAUGGACAACCUCAGCGUUGAAAAACUACGUGACAAAGCUCAAGAGUUGUGGGAAUGCAUUGUCAAACUUGAAACUGAGAAGUACGACUUGGAAGAAAGACAGAAACGCCAAGACUACGAUCUUAAAGAACUCAAAGAAAGACAGAAGCAACAACUCAGACACAAAGCCUUGAAGAAAGGUUUGGACCCUGAAGCCCUCACUGGAAAAUACCCACCCAAAAUUCAAGUAGCCUCCAAAUAUGAGCGACGUGUGGACACCAGAUCAUACGACGACAAGAAGAAGCUAUUUGAAGGGGGAUUUGAUCAUUUGUAUAUGGAUCAUGUGGAAAAAAUUUGGCAAACCAAAAUUCAAGAAUUUAUGACCAGGCACAAGUCCCGACUACCCAAAUGGUUCGGUGAAAGGCCUGGCAAGAAAGCAGGAGACCCCGAAACUCCAGAAGGUGAAGAAGAGGGCAAACAAGCUGCAGAUGAUGAUGAAGACCUCAAGGAGCCUAUUAUAGAGCCCGAGCCAGAAGAAGAGGAAGAGGAAGAAGAAGAGGAGGUCGAGGUAGAUGAAGAAGAAGAAGAGGAAGAGGAGGAAGAAGAAGAAUAAAUGGCCAAAAAUGAAAUGAUUCUUCUCUCCUGAUCAAAGUGAAUAUUUAUCAUCUAUAUGAGAACGCGAGCAGCUUCAGGAUUAUGUUUAUAACAUGAGUUUUAUUUCCAAUAUUAUAAGCAACAUCUGUUUUAAUUUAUUUAUAAUUACUAUGAAGAUACUGUAUUUGUAAUCAUAUAUUAUCAUUACAAAAUGUUGUUCAGUU